AUGUCAGAUUACGUCAAUUUACAGCCGUUGUCCACAGACAAAAAUGAAAUACUUUACACUUAUAAUGAUACCAUCAGAUCUACAAAUAGAAAAUCAGAUAAGGUAACAACCGUUACAGAAUUAGAUUACCAACCAAGAUGCUUUAAAGAGAUUGAUGACUUAAUAGUUAGUGGUGGUGUUAUAAGCUCAGUCAAUAAUAACAAUAGUAUGACAAAUUUAACACGAUCGAUGAACACUUUUGGUGAUGGAGAUUCAGGCGUAGGCGCCACUUGGAGAGGGUUGUUUUCAGUUUAUAAUAGAGCUACACAAGAAAAGAAGACUAUCAGGUUGGGAUCGUACAUCAAUAAUAAUGCAUUAAUUAAGAAGACAUCCAAUGGUCAAUACGCUUCAUACGUCUGUAACAAUGACAUGAAUUUAUACAACACUGAUAUCAACAGCUCUUCGGUCACUGUUAAUAGUUAUAUUAAUCUGGGAUUCCCUUUGAAUCAUGCUGCAUUAUCAGAUGACGGUAAAAAUUUAGUUGUUGUUGGUGAUUCUUCAAAUAUUAUUUUACUACAUCCAAAUGAACAUGGGUCAAGUACAUUAAGGGAUGAUAAUAUUAUUAAUACUUCAAAUGAUUUCAACUCAUCCAAUACCUAUGAUUCAGGGUUCUCCACUUCCUUUGAUUCAUCAGGAUUACAUUUUGCUACCUGUUUUCAAGAUGGUGUUUGUUUCAUCUAUGAUAUUAGAAACGUUGGCGAUGGUCCGAUUAAGAAGAUUUAUUCAACAAGGAGACACUCUUCAAAUGGUGCCUUCAGAUGUGUGAAAUACUCAGGAGGGACCGAUGACUUAUUAUUAAUUAGUGAGCAUGUUGGUAGAGUUCAUGUUCUCGAUACAAGAGACUUUAAUAACCACCAAGUGAUAAUGUUACCAGUUAAUAAUAACCCACGCUCGCGUCAAUCAAGUGUUGUUUCCUUAUCCAACGCUAUGAGCGGUACAUUCAAUAAUAGCCGUGCACCAUCCGCUGCUAAUAUUAAUCCAAAGGUUUAUACCCCAAAAAUUUUGGAAUAUAAUGAUAUUUUGAAUUACGAAGGUAAUUUGUCUUCGCUAAACACACUUGAGAACACAUUUCAUGCAAAUUACAACACCAAUUAUAAUACGAGAAAUUUCAAUAAUUAUAAUUUACUGUCAGCUGUUGAAGAUGAUCAUACGAAUUCAGAUGAAGCAAUUGCUGAUGACAUCGAAGAUGAUUGUGACGGCUCUACUGAGAUUGAAGAUCCAAUGGAUGAAGAAGUUGCAACUAUAUCCACAAGUCACAGAUCAAGCAUGGGAUCAACAACAACUGCUGCUACAAUGGCCACAGAUUUUGAUUAUGCUGAUAAUGAAAUCAGUGGUAUUGACUGGUACGAAGAUAACCAGGGAUCACAUUUAGUUAUUGGGUGCGAUAAUGGAUUAAUUAACUGGGAUAUCGAUUCUUGGGGUAGAAGGUCGUUUCCAUCAGUCAAACUACUAUAG